AUGCCGAAGGACAGUAGGUGUAAAGGAGCAGAAGAGGUGUACCAAACGGACACAAAUACAUUACAAAACAAAAGACUCCCGCAGAUGCCGAAGGACAGUAAGUGUAAAGGAGCAGAAGAGGUGUACCAAACGGACACAAAUACAUUACAAAACAAAAGACUCCCGCAGACACCGAAGGACAGUAGGUAUAAAGGGGCAGAAGAGGUAUACCAAACGGACACAAAUACAUUACAAAACAAAAGACUCCCGCAGAUGCCGAAGGACAGUAGGUGUAAAGGAGCAGAAGAGUUGUACCAAACAGACACAAAUACAUUACAAAACAAAAGACUCCCGCAGAUGCCGAAGGACAGUAGGUGUAAAGGAGCACAAGAGAUGUACCAAACGGACACAAAUACAUUACAAAACAAAAGAGUCCCGCAGAUACCGAAGGACAGUAGGUAUAAAGGAGCAGAAGAGGUAUAUCAAACGGACACAAAUACAUUACAAAACAAAAGACUCCCGCCGAUGCCGAAGGACAGUAGGUGUAAAGGAGCAGCAGAGGUAUACCAAACGGACACAAAUACAUUACAAAACAAAAGACUCCCGCUGUUGCCGAAGGACAGUAGGUGCAAAGGAGCAGAAGAGGUGUACCAAACGAACACAAAUACAAUACAAAACAAAAUACUCCCGCAGAUACCGAAGGACAGUAGGUAUAAAGGGGCAGACUCCCGCAGAUACCGAAGGACAGUAGGUAUAAAGGGGCAGAAGAGGUAUAUCAAACGGACACAAAUACAUUACAAAACAAAAGACUCCCGCAGAUGCCGAAGGACAAUAGGUGUAAAGGAGCAGCAGAGGUAUAUCAAACGGACACAAAUACAUUACAAAACAAAAGACUCCCGCAGAUGCCGAAGGACAGUAAGUGUAAAGGAGCAGAAGAGGUGUACCAAACGGACACAAAUACAUUACAAAACAAAAGACUCCCGCAGACACCGAAGGACAGUAGGUAUAAAGGGGCAGAAGAUGUAUACCAAACGGACACAAAUACAUUACAAAACAAAAGACUCCCGCAGAUGCCGAAGAACAGUAGGUGUAAAGGAGCAGAAGAGUUGUACCAAACAGACACAAAUACAUUACAAAACAAAAGACUCCCGCAGAUGCCGAAGGACAGUAGGUGUAAAGGAGCACAAGAGAUGUACCAAACGGACACAAAUACAUUACAAAACAAAAGAGUCCCGCAGAUACCGAAGGACAGUAGGUAUAAAGGGGCAGAAGAGGUAUAUCAAACGGACACAAAUACAUUACAAAACAAAAGACUCCCGCAGAUGCCGAAGGACAGUAGGUGUAAAGGAGCAGCAGAGGUAUACCAAACGGACACAAAUACAUUACAAAACAAAAGACUCCCGCUGA